AUGAGUGGAAAAGAUGCAACUUCAGCUCCCGAGAAAAAGAAAAAGGAGAGUAUUUUAGAUUUAACAAGGUACUUAGAAAAAGCCAUUAGGGUUAAAUUUUCAGGAGGUCGAGAAGUGUCGGGUAUUUUGAAAGGAUUUGAUCCAUUAGUAAAUCUCGUAUUGGAUAAUACUCUUGAGUAUUUACGAGAUCCUGAUGAACCUAUGAAACUAACAGAAGAUACGAGAACAUUAGGUUUAGUUGUUUGUCGAGGCACAUCAAUUGUACUAAUUUGUCCUGUUGAUGGUAUGGAAGCAAUCGCCAAUCCUUUUGUACAACAAGACUAG